AUGGACUUCGACGAUAUUGGCAGCAAGCUGGCCAACUUGACCAUGUACGACGUCAAGUCGCUCUACCGCUCGGCCAAGAACUACGCGCUCAACGUCAGUGACAUUGAAGCCAAGGUUGACGAGGCUACCAACGACGAUCCUUGGGGAGCCAGCUCCACCCUCAUGACCGAGAUCGCCCAGGCUACCCACAACUACCAGGACUUCAACGAGAUCAUGCCCACCAUUUACCGCCGCUUCAUGGAGAAGGAGGCGCGCGAGUGGCGUCAGAUCUAUAAGGCGCUCCAGCUGCUCGAGUACCUCAUCAAGCACGGCUCCGAACGUGUCGUCGACGACGCCCGCUCCCAUCUGGCCACCAUCAAGAUCCUCCGCAACUUCCACUACAUUGACGAGAAGGGCAAGGACCAGGGCAUCAACGUGCGAAACCGCGCCAAAGAGCUCGCAGACAUGCUCGGCGAUGUAGACCGCAUUCGACAGGAGAGGAGGAAGGCGCGAAGCAACAAGUCCAAGUACACGGGCGGAGGCAAUGGCGAGUUUGUGCCCGGCAGCGGCACCGGUCGAUACGGCGGAUUCGGCAGCGACAGCUACUACGCUGGAGGCGGAGCUGCUGCAGGAGCUGGCAGCUCGAGCGGUGGUGGUGGCGGCGGUGGCGCCGCUGCGCGGGAGAGCUUCGAGGAGUACGACGCGGGCGACUUCGAGGAGACGCCUGCAUCAAAGGCAAGCUCGAGCACCACCCGCGCUGGUGCAUCCCGAUCCUCACAGGCUCCUGCACCGGCUAAGAAGGAGGCGCCCAAGGUUGCUGACCUCUUCAGCUUUGACGACGAUGACGAGCCAGCUGCCCCUGCACCGGCUCCGGCUGCCAAGCCCGCGGCUGCGAGCUCCUCGACCAACGAUGCGUUUGGUGACGAUUUCGAUGACUUCCAGGCUGCUCCUGCCGCUUCCGCCCCGGCUGCACCUGUCAAGGCGAGCGCACAGCCUCAAGCUGCUUCCUUCGACUUUUUCGACUCGGCACCCGCCGCCUCCGCAAAGCCAGCUGCCGCGAGCAGCUUGAUGUCGCCAACCCAAUCUUCGAAACCCAGCACACCCGCUGCUGCCCCUGCCUCGCGCCCUGCAGCUGCCACCAACACAUCGUUCAACUUUGACGACCUCUGGGCGUCCUCGUCCGGCAAGUCGAGCGCGGGCGGCAAGCAAAAGACGUCGAUGGCUGAGAUGGCCAAGAACCAGAGCUCGAAUGCUUUGUUUGCUUCGCAGACUCCUGCGGCACAGCAGCAAGGGGGUAAGAAGAAGGAUAUUUUCGACUUGUUGUAG